UACUUGCAACCAAACUACAACCAUGGCAGAUUUGGAUUAAUAUUCGGUUAGAUAUUAAUUACAAAGAAAUGAAAAGAGGUGUGCAUCUUAAGAGACAGUUUCUGAUCUGGUUAAUUUUACUGGAAUUUGCGUACAUUCUGUCAUUCAUAUUCCUUGUUCAUUUUGGAAUUGGUAACGAAAAUAAUAACAGAAACCGGAGAAGGAUGCAAUCCGAAAGUUCCAAACAAUGUGAAAUGAUAGUAACGGACAAAGUACCUUUGCCAUCCAAAACGUUUUAUGCGUGUGAAAAGGAGAUUUUAUUUUUUGACAACAUGUUUGCAGUCCUUAACAAUGUUACACUACGUGUUUCUAGAAGUUCCAAUUCCAAGGAAAACGGAAGUCGGUUCUCCAUGUUUUAUAAUUCCAACCAUUGUCAAAAUAGGAUCAAUUUAGAAGGACUGAAUUUAAGAAACCCAGUCCUUUCUUGGAUUAAAAAGAUUCAGAUAAGUAAUAAUAUCUACAAUAAUUCAAUUUAUUCUCAGGGAGUUGGAUUCCUUGUCUCAAGGCACGAUUUGAAUAAUCUAUAUCACACGAUGACUCUGAUUUACAAUAUGGUGGUGGCAAAAUUUUUGCUACGAAUCACUCAUAGUACAACUGUCGUUAUUUUUGUGGACGCCUAUGACGAGAAAACAGUUUUACGGGAACUGUGGGAUACUUUAUUUCAGGAAAUUGUACAUAUAAAGAAAGUGUCCAACGCCCUUCAUUUUCGUACAUUGAUAAUGGUAAAUUCUGGAUAUGAGGGAUAUCUUAGCCACUUCCGGUUGCCACGACUGCCAUUAGUUUCAGAAUUUACACAGUUUGUUGCAAAUAAAUUCGAAAUUUGCAACAAAAGGGAAUUGAAUUGUUCUAGUAUCAAUAUUUUGAUUAUACUGAGACAAGAUGAUAGAAAUCAAAAUGAUUCCAUUAAGGUGAUUGAACGUAAAUUCUACAACGAAGAUCGUAUGCUUUCGGAGAUUAAGAGGUCACUUCCAGAGCAUACGGUUAGAGGGGUGCGACUCGAAAGUUUUCCUAUAAAGACCCAAUUUUCAUUUAUUGCCAAAACUGACUUUCUCAUAGGAAUUCAUGGAGCGGGCAUGACGUAUGCUCUAUUUUUACCAGAGCACGCAGGCGUGCUCGAACUUUUUAACGCUAAUAGAGACACCGGAAAUCUUCACUAUAGAACCAUCUCAAAAUGGCGGAACUUAUUUUACCGGGCCUGGCAAAAUUACAGGAUGAAAGAUGAAUUUCCGAACUUCCGGACCCGUUUUCAUGCUAGAACUAUAAAGUAUUAUGUUAUGGAAUAUAUUCGAUUCAAGUGUAAAAGUAUUUGAAAAUUUUAAGGUUUUCACUUUACACUAAUGAAAAAUGUUUUAUUGACAUCGAAAAAAAUUA